AGGCAGCUAAUGCAACGCAUACCAGCUUUUCGUUUCAGAGCUGAGUGACAGCAUCGUUCUGCUCCAUCCAAGUGUCUUCAGUGAACUAGAUUUGCCAGUGACUGCUGAAUCCUGAACUAACCAGAUAAGGUUAAAAGCAGCAAACUGUGUUGUGGAGCAAUGAAGGUUUAUCAGAGCGUCCUGCUACUCUUCUGCUGCCAGUUCCUUUACACUCUGGCUUUAGACUGUUCUGUGAUGAGUGGUAACCUGAAGCAGAUAGACGCUGGCUCUGGCUCAGUGGUUGGAGUGAACAAUCUUAAUGAAGUGUUCGUUCUGAUUGAUAAUGUCUUCACAAAGAUCAGCGGGUCUCUAAAGCACUUCAGUAUUGGUCCUGCUGGUCAGCUGGGGGUUAACCAAGCAAACAACAUCUUUAAGUUUCAGAGUGGCCGUUUCAUUAAGCUUCCAGGGCUUCUCAAACAGGUGGAUGCUGGAGGUGAUCAGAUCAUUGCAGGUGUCAAUAUGAAUGAUGACAUAUACUGUUUAAAUAUGGAUGCUAACAACAAAUGGCCAUCCAGCACCACUCCUUGGGUUCAACUUAAUGGAAAGCUAAAGUACUACAGCUGUGGUCCGUACAGCUGUUGGGGAGUGAACCAAAAUGACCAAAUCUACAUCAUGAAGGAUGUGUCUAGUAAUGCCUGUUCUGGGUCCAAAAGCUUUAAGAAUAUUCCUGGACUUCUAUCCAUGAUUGAAGUAGCCACUGAUGGCAGCAUCUUUGGUGUCAACUUUCAAGGGAACUUAUACCAAAGAACUGGAGUCACUCGCUCCAAACCCGAAGGCACAGACUGGAUCUCAAUGGUGACCUGUCCCAAUGGCCACAAGCAUGUGAGCUUUGACCUGGGAGUGCUGUGGGUCGUGUGUGUUGACGGCUCCAUCCGUAAAUGUACUUUAUAAUCUGUCACUGCAGCAACAGAGGGGCUCAAUCAUUAACCCUUUAAACUCAAGGUUUAAACCCGGUGGCGGGACACCACCCACAUGAAACGAUUCCAAAUCAAAUUACUAAGCAACCCCUGAAUGGAAUAACAUAAAAUAGAUAUCAUUUUAAAGCAUAUAAUCUCAGCUUUUUAAUUAAUGUAAUUUUUCCGAUCAACUCUUAACGAGCGCUGAGCAGUCCCUCUAAACCGAAGUGCACCGCAGGUGGGACGCCUCCCUCUGUGAAAAUAUUGCAAAUCCUGUUUUUCAAACCACUGCCUUGAUCAACAAAAAAUGGAUAUUAGUUUUUUGUUUUUUGUGGUUGUUGUUACUUUGAUUAAAUCCAAAGUAGUGCAGAGUUAUUUGCUGAUAAAUUAAAAAAAUAUAAUUUACACAUUUUUUUUUUUGAUCCAUGUACUCUAAUGUACAAAAUAUCAUACAGAUCGGAUAGUCAUGUGUCAUGUCAUUUGAAAGGUCUCAUUGAGUAGAACAAAACUAGCAUAAUUGUUUGGGGCUUUAAAUAAACUGGAGUGAGUUUUUGUACAAGAAGUCACCCCCAAACCCAUAUGAAAGUAUAUUGAUGUCACCGUUUUACUUGUAACAUCAUAAAACAUGAUCAGAUGAGUCAGAUACAAACUAAAAAGGCCUGUUUUGUUAUGAAAUACUAUAACUUUCAUAUACUUCAUGCUAUAACCACGAAAUUUGAAACAAAUACAGCUAACUUGUUGGGGAAUAUCAUACAUUUUUUUUCUCCUAACUUAUUUCUGUCCUGAGAUAUCGAAUGUCAAAUAAGACAGAUAUGAAAAAUUUCUCUUGAGCACUCCAAUUCUUCUUACAUUUUUAUCAGCUAUUUUUCAGCAGGACAUUGUCCAAAUGAAUUAUUUUUUUUCCCCCUGAAAGUACAGAAAGUUUUCUAUCAAACGAUACCAACCUUUUGACUCUCAUUGCUACAUUAUUUUGUGUAUGUCACUCAGAAAAAACAUCAACUUCAGUUGGGUUUAAAGGGUUAACACUCCUCAAAGUUAUCAGUCAUUAUUAACAGAAAACUAAAAGCUUGAUUAUACUUUCUUUUCUUUUGCUUGCUGUUGAAUGAAUAAAGCUUUAUGAAAGCA